GUGCGGAGAAGGCUGGUGCUACUGGUUUCUGACCGCAUCGCACUGCAUGGACCACAUGAAUUACAGUUAGAGGGACGGUAACGCUUGCCUGGACCAUGAGCAAUGAGUCGCCGGUUCUGAAAAACCUCACUGAAAGCUCAGCCCAGGUCCCACGGGCACCCGGGACGCAGGACAGCUAUGUCCUUCUCCUGGUCCUGUUGUGCGUUUUCGUGGGGGGCAUACUGGCCCUGCUCUCCCUGCUGCUGAUCUUCUGCCGCCGCUGCUGCCAUGGCGCCCGUCGCUACUCCAGGGCCAGCAACGAUCCUGAGAAGACCAAUACUACUUACCUGGAGGAGUCACAGCCACCACCAGAGAUCACCAUCCAGGUGGAUGAAUCGGACCAAUUGUCUACCUCCAGCGGCCAUGAUGUGGAGACGGAGCGCUUCCUGUCCACAAGUUCCACUGGCCGUCGCGUCUCCUUCAACGAAUCAGCACUCCUGGACCACGGCAAGAGGACGCAGGAGAAAGGUCGCAGGUACACCCUUACUGAGGGCGACUUCCAUCACCUGAAAAACGCCCGGCUGACCCACCUCCACCUGCCACCCCCUGCCCUGAAGAUCGUCACCAUCCAUGAGUGCGAGUCGUCUGAGAACGGCAUCGAUAUGACCAUGCGGCCCGCCCCCAAACCCUGUCUCUCCAUCUUCCAGCCCCCAGUAUGCCCGCUGCCCCAGACGGCUCUCACUGGGCUAGGCCUCAGCCCCAGCUCCGCCCUCCCUGGAGACACGCUCAACUCGGUCGUGGACACCGGCUUCAGUGAGAGUCCCCCAGCCCCAACGUCCGCCCCCCCCCGCUCCUGCACUAUUGCGGUGAUGGGCGUCGGGACGUGGAACGGCAGCAGUCCGGGACUCGACGGUGACAGGGUGUCGGAGGAAGGGGUGACCGCGGUCGCCGGUCAGGGGACCGUCCUGCAGUUCUUCACCAAACUGCGGCGCCACGCCAGCCUGGAGGGGGCCAGCCCCUACUUCAAGAUCAAGAGCUGGAAGCUCGAUAGCAGCCAGCGGGCCUCCAGUUUGGACACCAGAGGAUCCCCAAAGAGGCAUCAGUUCCAGCGACAGAGGGCAGCCAGCGAGAGCACCCAGCAGGCAGAGGAGGACUCCCACCCCAUGGACCUCGUCCUGUCAGUCACCUGUACCCACGACGAGGCCUUCCACCCCAGCCACCCCUCCCCCGGCCUCCCAUCACCCCCCCCCACGCCUCCGCCCUCCCUCAGCAGGUUAGAGGUGGAGGACAGAGGGGCAGAAGCGACUGGACUGCUGCCACAAGAAUCCCAGGAGGAGGAGCAGGAGGUGUGGUCAGGGGCGGGGGCAGGGGCAAGCUUUCGGCAGGACAGCUCGGAGCACCACACCCUGUACCGGGACAUCUGGACCCUGCGCGCCUCGCUGGAGCAGUACGCCUCCUCCGACCAGAGCAGCAACAACGACAAGGACUCCACCCGCAGCGACGCGGACAGCGUGUGCUCCUUCGGGGGUGGGGCCAUGAGGAGGCGCCUCUCCAGCUGCCCCUCACAGGACAUCGGGGACGAGCCGGAGGGGGGCGCGGAGCUGCCUGGCAAGCAGGGGGACAGCUUCGACUCGGAGAGGGGCAGCGAUGGGGAAGCGGGGAACCGCAAGCUGCUGCAGAUGGACAGCGGCUACGCCUCCAUCGAGGCACCGCCCCGCGCCCCCGAGGACCUGCGGCUGUUCGGCAGCGGCUCCGGCGGCGCCAAGGGCAAGACGGCGUCUGAGAAGAGGCGCUUCUUCACCAGCGCCGGCCGCACGGGCACCGUGUGCGAGAGCUUCGAGGAGGAGCCGGAGGAGCAGGCGGCCGCGGCGGCUGGUGCCGAGGCCCCGAGCCCCGCGGGCUGGUCGCCCUAUGGGCAGGCGUUUUCUCCCAAGGAGGCGAAGCCCCGCCCGCGGCUGCGCCGGCGCGACUACAGCAUCGAUGAGAAGACGGACGCGCUCUUCAACGAGUUCCUGCGGCACGACCCACAGCUGGAGAAGCAGGAGUCGCCACUGCGGCCCAGGCACCGGUCCCGCGUGCACCUGCGCAAGCAGUGGCAGCGCGCCAAGCAGAAGAGCGACCCGGGCGUGCACUUCCCCCACGCCCUGGAGCGGCAGCGCACCCCGCUGCGCCGGGGCGACAGCGCCAACUUCCCGCUGGACACCCGCUACCACAGCACGCUGCCCCGCAUUGUCAGCGCCGCCGACGAGGAGGCCAGCGAGGCCGCCGCCACCGCUGCUGACACCGCCCGGGCGGAGCCCAGCGGGGACGGGGCCGCUGCUGCAGACACGCCCAGGGUGGAGCCCAGUGAGGGCGGGGCCACUGCUGCAGACACGCCCCGGGUGGAGGCCAGCGAGGGCGGGGCCACUGCUGCAGACACGCCCCGGAUGGAGGCCAGCGAGGGCGGGGCCACUGCUGCAGACACGCCCCGGAUGGAGGCCAGCGAGGGCGGGGCCACUGCUGCAGACACGCCCCGGGCAGAGCCUGGUGAGGGUGGGACCAUUGUGGUGGACACACCCCAGGUGGCGUCCAGUGAGGGCGGGGCUAGUGCUGGGUUGAGCGAGGGUGGAGUCAGUAAAGCUGACACACCUGAGACCAGUGCACUGGAGACAGAAGAGGACAAGACUAAAGUCAGCCCUAGUAGCAGCAGCAGUAGCAGCAGCAGCAGCUGUAGCAGUAAUCGGACAAUCAAAGAAGGGGACACCAGCUCUCCUCCCCCACUAUGGGAGCAGCCAGAACCCCCAGAGGACAACAGAGAGGCCGGCCACCCUCCUGACCCGCCCGACGACACCUCGGCCCCCCUGCCCCCCGAAACGGGCUACGGCCCACAGACCAUCACGGCUGAGCUGGCGGACAAGCUUGCGGACGGCCUGGAGGAGCGUCUCUACACCAGCCUUCGCAGGGCCAAGGACAGCCCUGAGUGCGUGGUGGCCGUCGUCGAGGCCUCUCCCGACCAUAGCCCGGUGUAGACCUGCCGUUGGCCGUGCUCUGUCCCGCCCUCACGGGCUGGCCUUUCAUUUCCACACAUGGGGAAGGGGCAUAGUGGGUAAACCACUCAGAGAGCCACUGUUUUCCAUUUCACCCUGCACGAGUUUGAAAGGUGGAGUCACAGACUAUUUCUCCAACCAGACAGGCUGGGAAAAAAAAGCCCAUGCCAGACCCUGUACGGAUCUGUAUCCCUCCCAUAUAAUCCAAGCAUGUCCUGCUGUUAAACGGCACCAAGCGGGCAGUUCUCUGAAGAAUGCAAA